CCGCCACACAUGCUCCUGUGAUACCCCGGCGGCGGUCGGAGGCCGUCGCAAGCCUUACCGCAGAAAUCACAAACGUUGAAAAAAAUCCAGGGUGGCAGCGAAUUUCAGGGCUGACAAGCCUAAUAUUGCAUUUAAGUUAACCGUAUACAGACUCCCCGGUUCCUGGCCUGGGCCAAGCAGCCGUAGGAUGGGCUGUCGGCGCUGCAGGCACCAGAGCGAUUUGUGAGCGCCGGCCGUGGGCUGAGGGCCUCGCGCAGGCACCGCUUCGGCUCAGCCUGACACUUGCCUUUGAUUAAGGAGAUGAGUGACUUUGCCUGUUCUAUUGAUCAGAAUAAAUUACCAGCAGCUAAUUUAUGGACCUCACAAAAGUGCCUUUGACAUGGUGAAUUGUGCUCUGUUGUUCAGAGAAGAGGGUUUACAGAGACAUGGAGCUUGAAAGAAUCAUUCGAGACACACUGACACGUUUCAUCCAGUCCCACAUCCCUGCUGCAGACCUCAGUGGGAUGGAUGAUGUUUUCUUUUCUUACAUCACGGGUGUCCUGGAAGAGCUGGGCUCACCAGAGUCCUCUGAGGAGACCUUUGACAUGGACACCUUCAUAGAAAUGAUGGAGGCUUACAUUCCUGGCUUUGCAGAGAUCCCCAGUGGGGAUGUCUGUGAAAUGAUGUUCUCUCUCUCAGAAAGGCUUGGUGAAGCACGCAACAAAGGUGAAUUACACAGUUUCAGCACAAAAAAACCUGGCCAAAAGGCUGCAGAAGCCAGGAGUGAAGCACCCUCUGAAGACCUGACCAAGGGCCAGGAGCCUGGAGCCGGAGCCUGCAAUGGGGAAAGGCUGUGCACUCCAACAGACGGAGCCGAGGCCCAGGAAGGCGAUGACUUGAAGGAUGGCACGGAGCUGCUACUGGAGAUGUUCCCUGCCUGUACCGUGAGCCAGGCAGAGAAGGCACUAGCCAUGGCCCUGGGGAACUUGGAGGAGGCAGUGCAGCUAAUUGUGGAAGAGAAGGUGGAAAUUGGCACAGCAGGUGCAAGCGUGAAGGAACUGGCACGGCCCCGCAGAGCACCCAACCAUGAGGAACUGAAGCAGGUUAUCUUACAGAAAUACAUGAUGGUUGAUAGUGCAGAAGAUCAGAAAACACAUCGGCCAGCUCCACCAAAAGAGGCUCCCAAGAAGCUGAUCCGCUAUAUCGAUAACCAGGUGGUGAGUACAAAGGGAGAGAGGUACAAAGACAUCAAGAAGCCAGAGAGCGAGGAGAUGAAGAAAACUUACAUCAGCCUCAAACCAGCCAGGAAGUACAAGUUCCACUGACAGCCAGGUCCUCCUGCUCUUCAGCCUCCACCUCGCUGGCCAGGCGUGGGAGGAAGGACACGUGGCACUAGGGAUGAGAGGGGACUCCUUCACCCCACCCACCACUAACUGGAACUAACCUGGGAGCCAGGACACUGCUUUCAGCUUCCUGAACUAACCCAGCUGACAAGGACAAGCCUCUCUGUGGGUAGCUGUCCUUCUGCCCCCUGGGGCACACCACAGCAGCUAGCGGGGGCCUGCCUGGGCAUUCUCUGCUAUUCCUUGCAUGGGACGUUCUUAGAUCUAAGAUGUGGCUUGUGGUUUUGCAGCAAGCUUUUUAGAAGUCUGUGUGCACUGUUGCUUAGAGUGCAAGUGUCAAUAAAGAUGAUGUGAAUUGGUGUG